UCAACCUCAGAGUUGUUUUGACCGCGUUGCGAUUUAGACGUCGCCGCAUUUCUCGCUUUUAUUCCGCCAAGAUUCGCACCUGCAUUUUCGCGUCCUGCCUGCAAAACAAAAAAAUCGAACACACCCCCCACUAACUCCACCUCCUCUUCCGCUGCCUUUUUGGCCAAUUGCAAAAGUUCGUCUACAGUGAAACGUGUAAUCUCUAAUUUUAACUUUGCCAAAAACAAAACAAAUACUCCGUACUGUUUGAGCCGUAUAAUUUUGUGUGUAUAUUUUUGCGCCUGAACCGGUGAACAACUAGCGGCAGUUCGAUCACGGAGUCCAGAUCUCAGAUCUCAUAUCACAUCACAUCCACACAAUGGGAAAGGCGGAGUGCAUUAGCUACGAUGAGCAGCAGUUGCCCUACAUUGACCUGGGCUCGGCACGGAUCCGCAUGGAGAAGGAUCCAGCUCCGGAAUGGGCCCUGAAGAAGGCACAGGACGAGCUGAGGGAGGUGCCCGGUGUCAAGGAGCAGGCCAUCAAGGAUCUCAGGGAACUUAUUCAGAAUGAGAAGUACCUGAACCUGCCGAUGGAUGAUGAGUACAUGAUGAUGUUCCUGCGCCCCACCCAUUACUAUCCAGAAAGUGCCUUGAAAAGGCUCAAGAACUUUUAUCACAUGAAACUAAAGUACGGAAUCGCUUGUGAGAACAUAAUCCCCAGCAAGUUGAGAAACGUUUUUGAGGCCAAUAUUCUGAAUUUGCUGCCUCAAAGAGACCAACACGGUCGACGUCUUCUAGUGUUGGAAGCCGGCAAAAAGUGGAAGCCAUCCCAAGUGCCCCUGGUGGAUUUGUUCCGUGGCAUUCAGUUGACUGUUUUGGGUUCCAUGGUAGAACCCUAUUCACAAAUUUGCGGCGCUGUUGUCAUUAUCGAUAUGGAGGGUCUGCCACUUAGCCACAUUACACAAUUUACACCGUCAUUUGCCGCCAUGAUGCUGGAUUAUAUUCAAGAAUGCAUCUGCAUGCGUUUGAAGGCAGUUCACAUUGUGAAUAAUUCAUAUAUAUUCAACAUGCUCUUUGCCAUAUUCAAGCCAUUCAUUCGCGAAAAGCUGCGCAAGAGGAUCUUCUUCCAUGGCAAGGACUACAAGUCCCUGAUCUCUCACAUCGAGGCCAGUGCCUUGCCUCCCAAAUACGGUGGUUCUGCCACUUGGGAACUGCCACCUGGUAAACUCCUGGGAGAAUUCUUCGAAUGCUACUCUAAGGAUUACGAACUGGCUGACAGCUAUGGUUACACUGAGGGCUACAAAAUGAAGAAGUAA